UCUCUCUCCGGUCUUUGCACACUGUAUUUGGUCGGUUCCUCCGCCCUCCAACUUGGAGCUGCGAAUUCGAUCUCGCCUUCCUUCGUUUUGCACCCGCGGCGCCCGGAUUCGAGCCGGGCCGUCGAAACCCUAGCGCCCCCCCCCCCCCUCCGCCCCAAACUUUGGGCGCCGGAGCGGAGGGCGAUGGCGGCGGAACUGGGGCAGCAGACGGUGGAGUUCUCCGCCCUUGUGCGACGAGCCGCGGAGGAUUCCUACCUCGCCCUCAAGGAGCUGGUGGAGCGGUCCCGGGCGCCGGAGGACCAGCGAUCCGACUCCGAGAAGAAGAUAGACCUCCUCAAGUUCAUCGCCAAGACUCAGCAGCGGAUGCUCCGCCUCCAUGUGCUCGCCAAGUGGUGCCAACAGGAAAAGUAGUAGCCAAAUUCUGUGCAAAAUACCUGCACACUCAAAUUCUCAAGUAUGAGCCUCAGUUGGGUGGUGAUUUAUCUGCUUCAGUACAAAAAGCAUUUUUAAGAAUGGAUGAGAUGAUGAAAGGACAGAGAGGAUGGAGGGAAUUAGCUGUACUGGGGGACAAAAUGGACAAGUUCACAGGUUUAAUUGAAGGAUUGAUAUGGUCCCCAAGGGGUGGUUAUUCCAGUGAACAUUUAGAUGAAUGGGCAUAUGAGGAGGGACCACAUUCUGAUUUCUCUGGACCGACAUCUGGAAGCACAGCUUGUGUGGCAGUCAUCAGAAACAACCAACUCAUUGUUGCAAAUGCUGGUGAUUCUCGUUGUGUACUCUCGAGGAAGGGUCGGGCAAUUAGUUUGUCAACAGACCACAAACCAUAUCUUGUUGAGGAGAAGGAAAGGAUCGUAAAAGCAGGUGGUUUUAUUCAAGCAGGACGAAUAAAUGGAAGCUUAAACCUCACUAGAGCAAUUGGCGACAUGGAAUUCAAGCAAAAUAAGUUUUUACCUGCUGAGAAGCAAGUUGUGACAUGCAAUCCAGACAUAAACAUUGUGGAGCUAUGCGAUGAUGAUGAAUUUCUCAUUUUAGCAUGUGAUGGAGUCUGGGAUUGCAUGAUAAACCAGCAACUGGUGGAUUUCAUCACUGAGCAUAUAAAAACGGAGAGCUGCCUGUCUGCAGUAUGUGAAAGAGUGUUGGACCAGUGUCUGGCACCAUCCACCAUUAGUGAAGAGGGAUUGGACAACAUGACGAUGAUACUGGUGCAAUUUAAUAAGCCGAUCAGACCUGAUGCUCCUCAUACAUAAAAAUGAUGAUAUGCUGGGUGAGACUGAAGUUCCAAGUGAUCCUUCUAUCCUGCUGUAGAUUUGAAGUGUGUUGUACAUAGCAAUAUAUCCUCUUGAAGGUUGUAGCGUAUACAUUUGGACAAAUCAUCAUAUGGCAGUGAAUUAGUUGCGGGUGAUCCCAAAGUUCCCAUCUUUAACCCGAUAGUUAGUAUCGAAUGUAUAAAGCACUAUUCAUUUGGUUUACGGAGUGCUGAAGAACUAAAUGGUUGACUUUACUCUUCUCAUAUGACAUGAUGACCUAUGGAUAAAAUCGCAUGAUGUGUAUUUUCUUAAA